AUGGAGAUAACUAGCAGCAAAAGUGAGGAUCUAUUUCUUCGUUUGCCAGAUGAUAUUAUAGAGUCCAUCGUGUUCAUUUUACCGAUCAAAGAUGCAGUUAAAACUAGUAUAUUGUCAAAGAGAUGGCAGCUUUUUUGGAUGAAGACUCCCGUCCUCAAUUUUGACUAUAAUUUGAUUGAAAGUACUCAGCUUAAGGGGGUGGUCCAUUUUUCACUUGGGAGAGAGUUUACUCCUCAGUUGGAUCAGUGGAUCACUGAUGCAGUCAAUAUGGGAGCCCUUCAUACACUUGAUAUCAACUUGUCAUUUGGGUUGCACCCUUAUUGUGAAGCUUAUUAUGGAAACCAUGAAAAAUUUUAUGACUUCCCUUCUAGGCUUCUUCCUAAAGAGAAAUUUUCUACCAUAAGGCAUUUGACUUUGAAGUGUUGCAAUUUGACACCAUCUUGUAGCUUUGAUGGGUUGGUUUCCCUAAGAUCUCUUGCACUAGACAUUGUAACACUGACAGGAAGUUUUUUAAAAGAUAUGCUGAGUCAUGGUUUAGAACUUGAACAAUUAAGCCUCAAAAGAUUGAGAAUGGACCGUGAUUGUAAAUUAAAUAUUGACCUCUCUAAACUCAAGUAUCUGGCUAUAGUUGACUGCGAGAGGUUGAGGGGAAUUAAUAUUAAUGGUGCUGUGGAGCUGAAUGAGUUUUUCUUUGCCGGCAAACAUGAAUAUUGCUCUUUCAAGAAUGUUCCAAAACUGGUGAACGUGAGCUUCAAUUGCAAUACUGACGAUGAUUAUGGUGGUGUUUUAAAUGUCCUCACAAAAUUUGGACAUCGUCUUCCUCAGUUGGAAAUUCUAAACUUACAUGGGAGGACACCUUAUAUUGUCCUCUCUGAUGUCAUACCACAAGCGUUCAAAGCUGAUGUAGUUAGACAAAUUAGGAAGCCUACCAAGUCUAACCAUAAAAAUUUGAGGAUCUUACACCUUGAAGGUUUUUGUGGUAACAUUAUUGAGUUGGAGCUCACAUUGCAUGUGCUUAAGCGUUGUAAAGCACUAGAAAAGAUUGUAAUAGACCCAUCAUCCAAGUUUUUGUUCGGUGGUGACACUUGGGGGCAGAGGGAAGAUAGAAAGCCAUGGGAAAUCUGGAAGCCUAUGGAGAUUCAACGUUGGUUAUCUAGAGAAAUUCCUAAAGGUGUUCAGUUGUGUCACCAAAUGGGCAUUUGGUCUAGUGGUAUGAUUCUCGCUUUGGGUGCGAGAGGUCCCGAGUUCGAUUCUCGGAAUGCCCCAUUCAUUUAA